AGAAAUAAUGUAAUGGAGUAAAAGAAGAGAGAGAAUAUAGAGAGAGACUUGUAGAGAGAGAGAGAGAGAAAUUGUAGAGAGAGAAAUUGGAAGAACCCCGAAAAAGAUGGGGCAGAUCGUGAAAACGAAGAAGAAAGGACGUCCAUCAAAGGCAGAUCUCGCCCGCCGGAACGCCGAAGCCGCCAUUGAGGCGUCGGAAUCAGCGAAGAAGGAGAGAGAACUCCGGCGGAGCGGCCGGCGUCGGAAUGUCAGGUACGCCUUAAGCAUCGACGACUACCUGGACGACGACGAGUACUUUUUGGAUGACGAAGAGGAUGAGAGAGGGAGGGAGAAGAAGCUGAAACUCUUGCUCAAGCUGCAGCAGAGUGAUGAAGGCGGCGCUGCUGAGUCAACUCCGAGUCGGACUCGGCAAGGACCUGCCACGUCGGCAUCAUCCUCCGACGAUGACGAAGGACGGAAGCCCUCUAAGAAGAGGAAAAUUAACGGCGACGAUGACGAAGAAGAAGAGAAUGAUGAUGAAAUUGAAAUUGAAAAUGAAAAUGAAAUUGAAAUUGAUAAUGAUGACGAGGCUGGAGGAAGGAAUGGAGAAGCAAAAGGUGUCGACUCUCCUCCAGGGACACCAUCGGCACCACCUUCUGGAAUCCCGUUGCCAGACAAGAAGACAUUGGAACUGAUUCUGGACAAGCUACAGAAGAAAGACAUAUACGGUGUUUAUGCGGAACCUGUUGAUCCUGAAGAGCUUCCUGAUUACCAUGAGGUGAUUGAGAAUCCCAUGGAUUUUGCCACUGUCAGGAACAAGUUGGGAAAUGGAUCAUAUGCCACUUUGGAGCAAUUUGAGAGUGAUGUUUUCCUCAUUUGUUCAAACGCAAUGCAGUACAAUGCACCAGAUACUAUCUACUAUAAACAGGCACGUACCAUCCUAGAGUUGGCUACAAAGAAAUUUGAGAAGUUGAGACUUAAUUAUGACCGCUCCGAAAAGGAUGUCAAGGUAGACCAGAAGACAAAAUAUGGGUCUGUUGUCAGGAAGCAGAUAAAGAAGCCGGUGCUCCCAAUGUUCCAAGAAACUGUUGGCUCCGAUUUCUCAUCAGGUGCCACUCUCGCCACAGCUGGAGAUAACCAAAAUCAUAACAGCACUUCCCUUCCUGGAGUACCAGAGAAACCUUAUGGUGUUGAGUUGCUUGCUGAAGGAAAUUUUUCACUGAUAGAUCACAAUGUAGACAAGGCAGAAGAACCACUAUCAGGGAAGGGUCCUCUAUCCAGACUUGGAAGGAAAUCAAUUGUGCAUGAUGAGAACCGCCGUGCAAGUUACAACAUAUCCACGCAACCAGUUUCCUGCACCGAAUCCAUAUUUUCAACUUUCGAGGAAGAAAGCAAGCAGCUGGUCACUGUUGGGCUUUACACUGAUCAUGCAUAUGCUAGGAGCCUUGCCCGAUUUGCUGCAACUCUUGGGCCUGUUGCAUGGCGAGUUGCAUCCCAGAAAAUUGAACAGGCAUUACCUUCUGGGUUCAAGUUUGGCCGUGGGUGGGUUGGGGAAUAUGAGCCACUUCCAACCCCAGUAUUGGUGCUGGAGAACUAUACCAUAAAGGAACCUCCAUUCUUCUCCAAGUCUGUACACUCUUUUGGAGCUCAAAAGAAUGAGAAAGCAUCUCAGGACCCAGUUGCUCCAAAAGAUAAACCUCUUUCAAGGCCGACGUUAGAAGGAAAAUCACCAUAUCUUGGUUCAACUAGCAGUAAGCUCACCGAGAGCGGCUUGAAUAUAUUAAUUCCUACGAAGGAGCAAUCUCCUAGGGAGGUUAAUGUAGAAGGAAGGCCGUCCUUUCUUUCUUCUUCUGGAAAGAAACCUCCUGUUUGUGCUAGCCCCAGAUACCAGCAUCCAGAUUUACAAUCCAGGAAUUUCACUGAACCUGAUAAAAAGCUGCAGAAGCAGGUUGAGUUAAAUUCUCCGUCCUCAGCCAAUCAAAGGAAUUCUGAAAUUACCAGAAAGAGUCAAGUUACCAGUACUGCUGAAAUACCUGGAUCAAGGUCUACUGGGGCAAGUCCGAGGAACCCAUUUCCGUCUGGGCCUUUUAAGCAACCGGCCAUGAAUGGAACUGCUGUUGGAGGACUGCCCAAUGGGAGAGCCGUGAAUAACAACUCAGGCACUACAUCGAUGGCGCAUUUAACUGCUGAUAGCGUUCCAACUGUGAGAAAAGUUGCAGGUUUCUUUCACCAAGAACAGGAGCAGGGCCUGAGUGACCCUGUUAAAUUGAUGAGAAUGAUGGCCGAAAAGGCUCAAAAUCAACAGAAUUCUUUGAGCCAGUCCAGUGUUGAUGCUUCUCUGAUUUCCCCUGUGACUCAAUCUUUGAGGAAAGACGAUUCAGUAAAUGCCGCUGCCACUGCUGCCCGAGCAUGGAUGUCAGUUGGGGCAGGAGGUUUCAGACAAGGCGUGGAAACAGCAAACCUGCAGAAUAGUCAUAUUUCUGCUGAUUCACUGUAUAACCCUUCUCGCAAUGUCCAGCAACAAACUUCACGAGUUCGGAGUGAACUUCCUGCAUCUGCAUUGCACUUUCAGGCUGAGAAAAACAGUACUCCACUUCAUGCCUUCGUGCCUCAUCAUGUGAGAGUGGGCAAUGGAGCUCAAUUCCAAAAUCGCCCAAUGAUUUUCCCUCAAUCAGUACCUGCUGACUUGUCUAGGUUCCAGGUGCAAUCUCCUUGGCAGAGUUUUAAUCAACCAGCACAGCCAAGGCAGAAGCAGGAUUCCCUCCCCCCUGACCUAAACAUUAGUUUUCAGUCAUCUGGGUCUCCUGGUCGGUCAUCUUCAACUGUUUUGGUUGAUUCUCAGCAGCCAGACCUGGCCUUGCAAUUAUGAGACUGGGAACUUCGUAGAAAAAAUGGGAGGUCUGAACCUAUUAAUGGUUCAUAGCCACACAAGAGCUUUCUGAUACUCUGGCUGGGCUUGUUUGAAUUUUUGUUUCAGGGCACACCACUGCAUCAGCAAGUCACUAGCAUCUGUCCAUAAUUGCUGAAGGCUCUGAUCGGGUCUCAUUAUGUGAGAUGUCUAACUAGCAACUCAACAAUCGGAGUCAGCUGCUUCAUUUUUAUGGAUGUUCCUAGGUAUUGAUGAUCAUAUUUCAGUUGGAGGAAAAGGCAAUAGAACUAGUUCAGGUUUAGGAUAGGCAGCAGGCACAACAAGGGGAUCACUGUCCAGGUCACAAGUCGGUGGGUCGCUUGGUUUCUUGUCAAUCACUGACUUGCGAUUAGAUAGCUGAAGCAGGAAGUAUAUUGCGGUAAUAAUAGUAGUUCCUUCCAGCAGGGUUUGCUAUAUGGUGAUUUACUGAUAGAUACGCUUUUGAUUCAUUGUAAAUUGGGGCAAGAUGGGACUAGUUUUUGGAGUUUUUGCUGUUCACUUCAAUCAUUGUAGGUCUACCUCAUUGUCCUACUUAGAUCUGCGGGUUGUCAUCUACAUGUGAUGGCGUAAUAUAUUCAGUGAAAUGGAAAGGAGUUGAUAUUCUUUUUGUCAAAUGUCAUAAAUUUUGCUAGUGCUUGAGGAAUUAUAUCAUACUAAUAUCGAUGAAUUUCAAGGA